AUGCGAUCACUGUGCACAAGUCUCAGGGUAAGGGUGGACCGGGCCGUUCUUAACAUUUCCGAGAGACCCCAAUCCUCUGGACUGCACUAUGUGGCCGUCUCGCGUAUCCGCACUCUCCGGGGUAUCCUGUUCGAGGAGAGCUUCAACUUUGACCGCAUCCAGCCUACACAGCCUACGGCGACAAUGCUUCUACGUUUCGGGAACCGUACCCGGCGCCUACCUCAGCAUAUUACGCGCGAGGCUGUUCCCGAAUCCCCCGUAGCCAGUCUUCUACUUCGACCGUCUCCGCGGCAGUCCACUCCGUCCCGAAUUCCAAUCCGCUCUACUAAUGCUUCGUACUCGAGUUCCUUGCCUUCUUGGAGAAGUACGGAAACUGUUCUGUCACAGGCUCCAUUUACCGACGAUUCAGAAUAUAUGGGUUAA